UCUGUUAAACUGAAAGUAUUUUAUCAUUUUCUGCACGAUUGCAAAUUUUUUUAAUCUGUUUAAGUGCUUUUUCAGUUGUGCAGGAUAUUAACCGUUAGCUGUACAAUGUACAUAAUAGAACACAUGUAUAUAUGUACAGUAUUGUUACAGGUUUAAUACAAUCCCCAUUGGAUUGUUUCUAAUACUCUUUAUCUAGUCAACCAGCUUAUAAUUGUAUUUUUUAUAAUUUUUUGAAAUUGUCCUUUUUUUUGAGUCAAGCAACACGGACUCCAUAAAAUGAAGAUAAUCAGUGGCUUCAGAAACAACCCUGAUGCAAUCACAGAUUCAAUUGUUGUUAUUUUUCACAAAUUUUCAAAGAUAUUCAAAUGUUAAAUUGGUGCUACUUUCACAACUUUCAAAUUUUUCUAGAAAAAUGGCAGGAAAAUGAGCCGGAAAUUAAGAUUGCCGAUAUUAAUUGCGGCAUCUGCGAUUGUAGUCUAUAAUAUUGGUGCCAAAUAAUGUUAAUUUUUUCAGAUAUGAAAUGAACGACUACAGUAUGAGCGGGGAGAGGUACAUGGAAUCUGAUUUCUACAGUGACAGUGCGUACACAGCUGACAUUAGUACAAGAAUGAGGGUCCCUGAUAGACUGCUGGCCCAUAACGGCAACGGUGUGAACCAUGCCGAAGAUGAAGAAGAAUUAAGGUGGAGAGAGAAGGGAUCAAUGUUCAAUAUGCAGGUUCCAGACAGGAUACUUGUUGCUGGAAGUGAUCAGCAUAUUCAUAGUAAGAGUACUCCACGAGAACUCCAGCUAGAGAACUCUGUUAUACCUCCUUCGCCAGACCUUGUGAGGGUACAAACUCCUCCCAGGAGUAUAAGAAUGGAGGAUGUUAUGUUCCCUACGGUCCAUGAUCAACCGUUUUGCCCAACUCCCUUGGAGUACCGUAGGUCGAUCAAGCUUGAUGACAUAGCUUAUCCAUCCGCUGGAGAAACCCAGGACCACUUCUCCCCGCCCAGAUAUACAAGAGCACCUGAACAGAGAUCUACUAGAAAAGAUCGGACCAUAAGUUUUGAUCCAGAUCUCUCCUUAAGUCAUGGCCAUGAUUCUAAUCUGUCCCUCUACGAUGAGGUUCAGCGAAUGAGAACUCAAAUGGCAAAACUUAACCACCGACUGAUGGCAACAGAGAUGGAAAAUCAGUUGCAAAAUCAGCGCUGGCAGGUUUGCUCCGUGCUAGUUUCCGCCUACUUCCUUGUCAAGGCAUUAAUCUGGGUGAACAGGCCCUAGUUACGAGAAGUCUUAACUUCUUCAAGUUUUAGUAACAAGUGGCAUAUUGAGUGGUGCGCACAGCUGUUCUCGUGCCGCGUUCAAAUCUUGAAGAUUGUAGAUUUUACUCUUGAAACCUGAACUGUAGUCGAUUUGUUCCGUUGUAUGGGAUACAUUUGAUGUAGAAAAAUCAUAUUUAUCUGGGAUCUAAAAACAAAAUAUGAUUUUUUUUGUCUUUUUUUAUUUGGUUUGGAUCCCAGUCUAGUUCUAGUUGAUUCAUGGCAUUAAUCUUGCAUUCAUUAUUGUUGUGAUAUUCAUUAUUCAAGGUUCAAAAAACAGCCAAUAAAUCAUGCUAAGCAGG